AUGAGACGUAAUCAGAAAGAGGAUCUAAGUGAAAAUGAUCACUACCUUAGACUUAUUUUUGACGACUGUAAUGAUUUAAUUGGGAAGGUUAAAUCAGCAUUAUAUAUAGUGAUGAAACAUUAUUGGAACGUAUCUCAAGAUAAAGGUAUGAUAGCUGCAAUCUUAGAUCCAAGAUGUAAAUUUCUUAGUUUUGCUUCUGAAUCACAAAUAAUUAGAACAAAAAAUCUCUUGAGAGAAAUUAUGAAAAAGCCAAGGAAGAUUUAG